AUGUACAAAGCCGAAAUCUUGCAAAAAAUUAAAUCGGUGGCAGAAGCCCAUAGAAAUAAAGUCGAAGAUAAAUCCUUCCUAAACAUCGAAUGCAAGGAUUGCAAAACACUCGGACAUUUCAACAAGGCAUACCAUGAAUGUAAGUUUUACAAAGCAGUUUCUGUGCGUGAUGUUAGAAGUAGCGGCAAGAAACGUAAGCAAUCAGCUAAAACCAAGGAAGAAAAGAAGCAAACAACUGGAGAUAUCAAGUGCAUCAGUUGUGGCUUAAAGGGUCAUUCUACUUCUCGUUCCCUCGAAUGGAAAAGUUGCCAAGGGUUAUACAGCCCAACUCGAACAAUUCUGUAAAGUCCUCAACUUCAAAAAGUUUGGCUUUAAAAGGUAAAACCUGUAGAAGAACUUCUUCCGCAAAAUAUUAUCCCU